UUUCCUGGGCUGCGAGGCGCCCCACGCCGCGGAGGGCGAGCGCGAGGCGCGCAAAGUGUGGCGGCGCCGCGCGCGAGAGAGAGACUGAGGAGAGUCCCGCUCGCCCUGCCCGCCUGACUCCGAGCCUUCCCGGGAGCUCCCUCAGCCAAAGCGGCCGCAAAAUGCCGCUCGCCCAGUUGGGAGCGGAACCUUGGCCCGAGGUGGAGCUGGUCGACAUGGAGCUGGACGCGGCGGAGAAUGGACAGGCAGCUCCAGAGGAGAGAAAAGAGGCUUUGCCAAAGGCAAAGCGGGAGCCCACUUGGAUUGAGAGAGACAUGAAAACCACAGAGAAGAAUGAAGGUUCUGUCCAAGAAUAUACAAUCACAUAUCUUGUGAAAGAAGGUUCCGAGAAGGCCGACCCAUCUCAGUUUGAGCUCCUUAAAGUUCUUGGACAGGGCUCUUUUGGCAAGGUCUUUCUUGUCAGAAAAAUCACCGCACCAGAUAACAGCCACCUCUACGCCAUGAAGGUCCUCAAGAAGGCAACUCUGAAAGUGCGUGAUCGUGUGAGGACCAAAAUGGAAAGAGAUAUUCUCGUUGAAGUAAACCACCCAUUCAUCGUGAAGCUCCAUUAUGCUUUCCAAACAGAAGGGAAAGUGUACCUCAUCCUCGACUUUCUCAGAGGAGGGGACCUCUUCAUGCGCCUUUCCAAAGAGGUGAUGUUCACAGAGGAAGAUGUGAAGUUCUACCUUGCAGAACUGGCACUGGGACUCGGCCACUUGCAUCGUUUGGGAAUCGUAUACAGGGACCUCAAGCCAGAGAAUAUUCUCCUAGAUGAUGAAGGACAUAUCAAACUUACAGACUUUGGUUUAAGCAAAGAAGCCAUUGACCACGAGACGAAGGCCUACUCUUUCUGUGGAACCGUGGAGUAUAUGGCACCAGAAGUAGUGAAUCGCCAGGGCCACACCCAGAGCGCAGACUGGUGGUCCUAUGGAGUACUAAUGUUUGAGAUGCUGACAGGGGCUUUGCCGUUCCAAGGGAAGGACAGGAAGGAAACGAUGACGCUCAUUCUCAAAGCAAAGCUGGGCAUGCCCCAAUUUCUAAGCUGUGAAGCUCAAAGUCUUCUGCGAGCCCUUUUCAAGAGGAACCCAAUCAACAGGUUAGGAUCUGGCCCAGAUGGUGUUGAAGAAAUCAAACGUCACUCUUUCUACUCUACCAUUGACUGGAAUAAACUUUUCCGUCGAGAAAUCAAGCCACCGUUCAAACCUGCUGUGGGCCGGCCAGAUGACACCUUUUAUUUUGACAAAGAAUUUACCUCCCGCACACCCAAAGAUUCACCUGGAAUUCCACCUAGUGCAGGAGCCCAUCAGCUCUUCCGAGGAUUCAGCUUUGUGGCCACUGGACUGAUAGAGGAUGAGAAAGCUAAAUCGCCACCCAUGCCCUUGCAUUCUGUAGUUCAGCAACUGCAUGGGAAGAAUCUCCAGUUUAAUGAUGGUUACUUGGUUAAAGAAGCCAUCGGUGUGGGCUCUUAUUCGGUAUGCAAGCGGUGUAUUCACAAGGCAACCAGCACAGAAUACGCAGUCAAGAUUAUUGACAAGAGUAAGCGAGAUCCCUCCGAGGAAAUUGAGAUACUCCUACGGUACGGACAGCAUCCAAACAUCAUCACACUGAAGGACGUAUACGAUGAUGGCAAACAUGUUUACCUGGUGACUGAACUAAUGAGAGGUGGGGAGCUGCUAGACAGGAUUCUCAAGCAGAAGUGUUUUUCAGAAAGAGAAGCAAGCUCCGUCCUGCACACGAUCUGCAAGACUGUGGAAUAUCUUCACUCCCAAGGGGUGGUCCAUAGAGACUUGAAACCUAGCAACAUCCUCUACGUAGAUGAGUCCAGCAACCCUGAAUGUAUUCGUAUUUGUGACUUUGGGUUUGCCAAGCAACUGAGGGCAGACAAUGGGCUCCUCAUGACUCCUUGCUAUACCGCCAACUUUGUUGCUCCAGAGGUUUUGAAACGCCAAGGCUACGAUGAGGCCUGUGAUAUUUGGAGCUUAGGAAUUCUUCUCUACACAAUGCUAGCAGGGUAUACUCCAUUUGCAAAUGGGCCCAGUGAUACCCCCGAAGAGAUCCUUGUUCGGAUAGGCGGUGGAAGGUUUUCCCUCAAAGGAGGAAAUUGGAACACUGUUUCUGAUGCAGCCAAAGAUUUAGUAUCCAAGAUGCUCCAUGUUGAUCCGCAUCAGCGUUUGACUGCCAUACAGGUACUCCAACACCCGUGGAUAACCCAGAAGGACAAGUUGCCUCAGAGCCAAUUAAGUCAUCAGGAUGUACAGCUUGUAAAGGGUGCCAUGGCUGCCACAUACUCUGCACUGAACAACUCAAAGCCAAGUCCCCAACUGAAGCCUAUCGAAGCCUCUUUGUUGGCACAGAGGCGUGUUAAGAAGCUCCCAUCUACCACUCUGUGAUAUGGGAAUACAGGGUAAUUCUCCACCACCCCAAGUCGUGACUCUGCACAAACUCCCCUGGCAUUUCCAGGGGCCCAGGAAAGUGUCACUCCACCAAGAAGUCCAUCAGGGCCAAGUGCCUUCAGAAAGAUUAGCUCUUGUUCUCCUCAUGGAUAUCUUUUGUUGUUGUUGUGAUGUGUUGUUCUUAAAUGAACAGAGAGUCUACAGUUACAAAGGAAUCUAUGUAGAUGUAGGUAAGAAGAUGAACAUGCAAUAAUCUUCCUGCGAAAAACCUCUACCUGCAAAUGGCCAUGCCUUAGACCAGUUGAUAACUCAGCAACUCAAACCUGGUAACAGCUGAAAGUGUGCUUUCACACUGCUUCUCUCAUCAAGAUCGCUCCAGUGGAGAUGUUCUUGUUUUGCUUUUUUAAAAAAAGGGCCCCUCUGUACAGACACACACUUUUUACAUGAUUUGUGAGUUCUCGUGUGCACAAGCUUGAACUUCCUGCUCCUUAUCAUCCACACCAGGCGGCCAUUACUCAAGAUGGUUUUGAACAACUCUGACUCAUCUCUUCUUCCCUCUUUCCCUUUUCAACAUCAUGUGAUUGAAGACAACUCCACCCGACUGGUUGGAAUUAUAUAUACUUUUUCUAAAUCUUCAAAUCCUGUGGACUCUUGAAGUCUAUGCCAGAUUGUAUCUAGCUUUUAAAUGUGUAAUGAGCCUGCAAGAAAAUGCUUUUUUCAAUGGUGAAGAUAUUCAGAUUUUCUAGAUGGAGAAAGGGUUUCUGUUUGUUUGUUUGUUUGUUUGUUUUAAACUCUGCCAAACAGCACAAUCCAGCACCUCCAUGAUGCUAAGUGCAACCAAAAAAGUCUUUGUUGCUCUUUUCCUUUUUUAAUUUAACUGAUUGUAUAGCUGGUUACUCAGGGUUUCUGUCUGAAUUUUGAAAUAAAUCGUAUCAUGCAGCUUGAAGUUACUUUACUGACUAACCUUGCAUUUUCCCUGUCUGGGUGGUUAUCUAUGUUAUUGGGGUCUUUAUAUUAAUAUACUAUUUUAUGUACAUGGUCAUAUUCUUAUGAUUUCCAUUUAUGACCCCUGUGUAUCAUGUGUCAAUUGUAAAUCACACUGCUUAAUAACAAUUCAGUAGAAAA